AUGGCUGAAGCUCUCCAGCAGCUUAUAUUGGAUACGCUAAAUCAGCUUUCAGUCAUCCAUGAUACGAGGGCACUCGUCAUCCCUGGACAAACGGGCUCUGCAGCUAGUCAGGACGCUCAGAUCGCCGUCCUCGGUGCACUGAACUCUCUGCAAAGUCGCGAGAUGAUAUCCUACGAAACACAUGAGACGUCUUCCCAUGUGCUCACACCAGAAGGUGCACAAAUUGUCCUUCAAGGUUCUCAUGAGGCGCGUGUCUGGGCAGCCCUACCGAUUAAGGGCGAAGGGGAACCCAUUGGUGUACAAGACCUUAAAAGAAAGAUCGGCGACGAAGCCGCGAAAGUGGGGCAAAGCCGUGCUUUCAAGAACGGGUGGAUCACAAAAGAGGGCAGCGGAUUCGUGAAGGCGGUACCUACCAUUCAAGAUAUUACUCAACUAGAGUUGCGUGAGGUGGAUUCUACAGGAACCUUGAAGGCUGGCGAGAAAGCCGUCGCAGAACUAAGAAAACGGAAGUUGAUCGUCCAAAGGAAAGGUCAAUGGUUCACUGUCCAUAAAGGUCCCAAUUUCAGCACGUCGAUUGCGAAACCCGAGACAGAUUUGACUGUUGAUAUGCUCACAUCAGGGUCAUGGAAGAGCGCCACGUUCAAGAAAUACAAUUUCGAAGCGGAUGGAAUACCCACGUCAGGCGGAGCAUUCCACCCACUUCUAAAGGUGCGAGAAGAAAUUCGGAAUAUCUUUUUUGAAAUGGGUUUCGAGGAAAUGCCGACGAACUCCUUUGUCGAGUCCGGGUUCUGGUGUUUCGAUACUUUGUUCGUGCCACAGCUCCAUCCAGCACGAGAACUCCAAGAUACUUUCUACCUUUCUGACCCUUCGACAUCCCUAAGACCACCUGAAGAUUACUACAAGAGGGUAGCCACCGUACAUGAGAAAGGCGGCUAUGGAUCGAUUGGCUAUCGGACACCAUGGUCGGACGAGGAGUCGCAUAAACUUCUCCUACGUACACACACAACUGCGACUUCAGGUGCGAUGUUGUACAAGUUAGCCGCGAGGUGCAGAGGGGAAACCAUAGACGAACAUGGAAACGUUGGCGACUCCGGAGGGGAUGGAUUCCGUCCUGCAAAGCUCUUCAGUAUUGACAGGGUUUUCAGAAAUGAAACAAUGGACGCAACACACCUUGCAGAGUUCCAUCAGGUGGAGGGAGUAGUUGCUGACAGAAAUUUGACGUUGGCUGACCUGAUCGGGUUUAUGAGAGUUUUCUUUAAGAAAAUGGGUGUGACGGAUCUGCGGUUCAAACCGGCCUAUAACCCAUACACAGAGCCGUCGCUGGAGAUAUUCGCCUUCCACCCCAUGCUACAAAAGUGGGUGGAAAUUGGGAACAGCGGCAUGUUUCGCGCGGAAAUGCUGGAGCCCAUGGGCUUGCCGAAGGAUGUGCGCGUGCACGGUUGGGGUAUCAGCCUUGAGCGGCCAACGAUGAUUCGAUAUGGCAUCAAUAACAUAAGGACCCUCGUCGGUCACAAGACGUCGAUCGAGGGUGUAGAGACUUCGCCAGCUGUCAUGUUUUAG